AUGUCAGCCAAAAAGAACUCGAAAAAGAUUGCCCCCAUCCAAGAAGACUCGAAAAAGAGAUCCGAACAGCAUGACUCGGAUGAUGAUUUUCAACCCCUACCGACUUUUAAAAGAAGAAAGCUCGUGAUUACCACCAAGUCAAAUACUCCCUCUGACGAAGCCAGCUGCUCCACAAAAACUUUGCGUACCCGUGACAAUGCCGCCGAUUUUGCUCCAAAUUUUGAAGACGAUCACCUUGCAUAUUUUGAUCCGUAUGACGAUUUUGGCCCCGAUUCUUCCCCUGUCGCGGGAAAGGGAAAAGGCAAGGCCGUUGCCGCCCCCGCUGAACGCAAAAAUUUUGAACCUUGCUCUUCUACAUCGAUUCCAACAAUUUUGCCCGAAGAUUUAGAUCUGACAUGGUUAGACUUCUCUGACGAUUUUGGUCCUGAUUCCUCCUUUUUUGAUGGAGACGGCAAAGGCAAAGCCGUCGCCGUUACCCAACAACACGAACAUUUUGAACAGAACCGAAACGUUUGCUCCAGUUGCGGAAAGCCCGGGCACUCUAGAUCAUCCAAUAAAUUUUGCGACAAUUAUAGACCAAGACGCACCUUGCUGACUCCACUCAAAAGAACAUCAAUCGUCAAGACCUCGCUCAAAAACAUUUGCAGAUACCCGAUUUUGAUCGAUACCAUUCAAGAAGUCGUCAAGCAUGCACGGGACGUCACCUACGUCGGCUCCCUUUUUGCCAAUUUUUUUGUUUUGUACUGCAUCACGAACGAGAUCCCAUUGCCGCAAUUUUCCCAAAAGCUUUUUUACAACAUUUUUGCCGCCGUCAUGGGUCAAGGAAAAAACGCAUCGCCGACAAUCAAAAGCGCAUACAUAGAAUUUAAAUCGCGAGUCCCAGAAUAUCAUGCAGUCAAUUUUGAAUCCCAAGGCUACUCAACUAUUAUAUCCGAAAUUGCGAAAGAUUACUAUACCUCCGUCCAGCAACAUAUUUUGAAGAAUUACCCCGAGAAAACCAAGCACUACAUUUUUGCUCGCAUUUCCGAUACCCAUGAUCCACUUUUUGUCGAAGGAGUCACCGUGGCCAAACGACGAACAAUUGCGAACUACAUUUUUGAUCAAGCUAUCAAUGACACCGCCGCUCCUAUCAAUUUUCCAAAGAAUCUCCAGCCAGUCACUGCAUCCCAUCCCAGCAUUCAGAAUUUUGUCAAUAUCAUCAAGUCCAAGCCCGGAAAGAAAACCAAAGAAGAUUUUGUCAACAACCCACAUUUGUACAUACCGCACAUGCAUGAAAUUUUGGAGAAGUUCGAGCAAAAAAUUUUUAUCCGAGAAGAAACACCGCAAAAUUUUGUUUCCAAUGCUUACAUUCAUAGACAUGUGAAAGAGAUCACAAAAGAUACCCAUAUAUCCAACAAGAUUUUUGCUCCAUUGAACGUCGCAGUCCGGGAAGCCAUCCGCCAACGAACAUUUUUGAAUCUUCCUCCCCGAGUUCGAGCCCUUCCUGCCGAAAUUUUGAACCAGCUCCACCAGUUCAUCCAUGAAACUAUCACCGCCAUCGCCACCAACAAUUUUCGACCCGAAAAGUACACCGACCCGAAAGGAACGCGCCGCUUUACAUUUUUGCCUAUUUAUUCAUACCAAAUGCGACAUGUGCAGUUCGACCGGCAAUCAUUUUCUGGAAUUUUGACCACUUGCAAGCUGCGCAACCGCGCUAUACCCAACGAAACGGCCUUAAAGAACGCAUAUUUCGAAAUUUUCGACAUGAAGAAGCUUGGUUUCAGAACGAUAGAAAGCCUUGCUACCGAUAGACGUCUUUUUUGGAAUUGUAUGAGAACCGAUGGCACCGACGCUGAAUUUUUGUUCCGUAAACCGAAGAAACCUGCAUUACCACAGUGGACACCAAAAGCUUUGCAACGAAAUCUAAAGAAUGCAACAAUUUGGGGUGUUGACCCCGGAAUGACUGAUAUUUUUGUUGCGUCCGACGGUUCAUCAUAUACCCCACACCGAGUUCGCAAAAUUUCUUGCAAAGAAUAUUACCAUCUCUGCGGCUUCAAUUUUGCGACAUAUAAGCGAGCCAAAUAUUUUGAGGAUACCCCACAUAUCAAGACCAUUAUGGCGAAUAUACCCUCCGAACGAACAAGUUCUAUCGCCGAUUUUGUCAAGUCAGUGCGCUGCCGAUUAGAACACCAUUCCGAACUUUGCGACUUUUUUGAUAAUAGGUACCGUAUUUCAAACAUCUUUCAUAUAUCUCUUGAACAUUCGAUUCCUAACCAGAAUCCAUAGAUUCAACCAUCUAAAGCUCAAAUCUUACAUGAAAAAACAAACCGGCACCACGGAAAUCGCGAAAGUUUUGCU